AUGACUCAUGAGUAUAGAGCUUUUGAGCCUUCUCUAGAAACAACCAGCACACUCCAUAAAUCUUUUCAAUUUCACGAGAAACAAAAACCAAUACAACGAAUUUUCUCAAAAUCUCAGCAUCAAACUUCUAAUCCCUAAUAUCUUCUACAAAAAAAUACUUGGUGUUAAGCUAUAAAUUCAAUCGAUCAUGGCGUCGUCACUGAAAUGGAAGAGUUUUUUCGAAGAGGAAGAUCGUCCGGAAAAGCCUAGAAGGUAUGGCGUCACUGAAAUUCGCGGCCCUCAUUACUCUCAUUUCUCUCAAAAUGUUCUUCAGGAUGUUUUUGAGUCAAUGGGGCAGUUUGUUGAUGGUUUGAAGUUUUCUGGAGGUUCCCAGAGCUUGAUGUCGGAGAGUUAUAUUAAGAAGGUGACUGACAUGGCACACAGGCAUAAUAUUUAUAUCAGCACUGGUGAUUGGGGAGAGCAUUUGCUCCGAAAAGGCACUUUCGCUUUAAAGCAAUAUAUAGAGGAUUGCAAGCGCUUGGGUUUCGAUACAAUUGAGCUAGAUGCAGGUUCUCUUGAGAUCCCUGAAGAAACUCUUUUAAGAUAUGUGCACAUGAUUAAGGAGACUGGUCUGAAAGUUAAACCUCAGUUUGCUGUUAAAUUUGACAAGUCUGAUAUACCUUUGUCUGGAAACAGAGCAUAUGGAGCGUAUGUAAAGCCAAGGCCUCGAACUUACGAUCUUGUUGAAGAUGUAGACCUCCUAAUCCGUAAAGCAGAGAGAUGUUUGGAGGCUGGGGCAGACAUGAUAAUGAUUGAUGCUCAGGAUGUUUCUCAGCGAGCUGAAUCUUUAAGAGCUGACAUCAUUGCCAAAAUUAUUGGUCGGCUAGGAGUUGAGAAGACUAUGUUUGAAGCGGGAGAUGCUAGAACAUCGGAUUGGUUCAUCAGUCAGUAUGGUCCUAAGGUAAACCUUUUUGUUGAUCACUCCCAAGUGGUUGCUCUGGAGUGCCUUCGUGGGCGCAAAGCGGGCAAAAAUCACAUGUCUGUUCUCAGUUCAGCAUAUCAUCUAUUCUAACGUGAUAUUUGUUAACAUGGUUCAUUUUGUUGUGUUUAGUGUAUAUGUUCCUCAUCCUCCCUUAUGAUAUUAGUUGUUAUAUGUAACUGCAAUCACGUUAGGGUUGCUCUUAAGAGAACAUGCGGAACUGUGCUGGUUGUGACUAUCCUUGAAUAAAACAAAACGAAAAUUUUAACUUC